AGUUCCGGCCAGAGAACGACUUUAUUUAUAGAGAACAUAAUUUAUAUCUUAGUAUAUAGACAUACAAAAUGUUCUGGUAUUUGACAGUUUUUUCACUUCCAUUUGUUCUUGGAUCUUAUAGUUCUAAGUAUUUCUACAUGGAUGAAAAUUGUAACCGAGAAAUUAGUAUGCAAACAGAAAGAAUUGAAACAGCGAAGUUAAAGCUGACACGACAUUCACAUUAUUCCAGAAAUAUGAACUGUGUACUUAAAUUAAAAGCUCCCACAAACAAGAGAAUCAUGAUAUAUUUUACAAAAAUUGACAUAAAAGAAUCUAGAAUUUCCUUUGGAUACUCAUGUGAAGAUUAUCUUGAAUUAUAUGAUGGAUCAAGUACAUCAAACAGUCAUCUUUCAGGUUUACAACAUAACAAGAUAUGUGGAGAAAAAGAACCUAAGCGAGCAUUUUACACGACAGGACAGUACCUAACUUUGACAUUUCACAGUGACUAUUCCAGACAGGAUGAUGGAUUUUCCCUGUAUUUUACUGCUUUUCAUUCUGGUGUUUGCAAUGGGACUAAUGACUUUAAAUGUAGACUAGGACAGUGUAUAUCCAAAUCCCUUCAGUAUGAUGGCUACAAUCAGUGUGGUGACAACAGUGAUGAGAACAGAGAGAUUUCAGCUUCAGCUCUUGCCAAAAUUCUAGGGGCUAUUGCAGCUGUGGUGGUGAUUGGAGUCAUUGUGUUUGCAGUGUUUUACUUUUACCGUAGAAGCCAAGGACAAUCUAGAGGAAGGGUACUGAAGCAACAGCAUGAUACCAUACCAAUGGCUGCACAACCAGUUCCAAACCAAUAUCCUGGACAACAACCUGGAUAUCCACAACCCCAGCAACCAGGCUAUCCACCACCGGCAGGAUAUCAAACACAACCAGGAUAUCCAGCACAGCCGGGAUAUCCAGCACAGCCGGGAUAUCCAGCACAGCCAGGAUAUCCAGCACAGCCGGGCUAUCCACCACAACCAUAUCCCUCUGGAGAAGCAGUCCCACCGCCAUACACAGACAAUCCAUACGCAUACGGAGCACCAGGAAAACAGUAAACAAAAAACAUGUGACUUACUUCUAUUUCUUUAAUAUCAUGAUAAAAUUAAGGUUCUUAUUUGAGUCUCCCUUGACAAAUGCACUGAAAAAAUUGUUAUUGAUUAUAAAGAUAUUUUAGAUUAGAAUUAUCUGUAAAAACAGGUUGUAGUUUUCCAGAUUGAAGUUUUGUUGUUCAGAAGUUGUUCACUUAGGCAGUUUGAAAAUCUUUUACAGAGUGAUUUUGUACAAUUUACUACAGGUAAUAAAGGAGAAAAAUCUACCAUUAACAAUAAGAUACUGGCUUUUUAGAGGUGUAAUUGCUGUUUUAAUAAAAAAAAAUAUCUGUAAAUUUCUUUCAUAGGGUUGUCAGUUAAACCAUAAAAGGGUAUUAUUUGUAUUGAAUUUUCAAUUCAGUAUAAAGAUGUUAAACAUUACAAUUUGAUGCUUAAGCUAGUAAUUUUCAUUGUUGGGAAUACUAGUAGGACUGGUGUGCUGCAAGGUGCAGGUAAAAGCAAGCUAUUUAUUUACUUCAAUUUACCAAAAAAAUGCAGCUUCAUGAUCUGGUUUGAUUUUAAGUAUGGUGAAGGCGAAAAGAUCAAAAUUACUGGUAGUUCUGAAAUUUCUAUGGCUCAUAUAACUAUUAUGUAUUCAAAACUGCAGUAAAUCCUGGACUCCUUAAUAUUGCUGCAAACUAGUAAUAUUUUCAGUCAUGUAAAAUAACUUGCUUCAAAUAUUUGGGUUAUAAACAUUAUUAAAAGAGUUUAUGAAAAGGGCUAUUCAUUCAGACCAUGGGAUUUUUUGCCAUUUGUUGUCUGUUCAAAAUUAUACACUAUAACUUUUGUAAAACUUGUAUACUAGACAAUAGGUAAAACAAAAAAAAGAUAGCUGAAUAAACAUGAUAAAGAAGAUAUCGUACUUAAAUAAAUUGAGAAAAUGUCAUGAUAUUUAAAUUAAUUGAUUGAUUGUGACAUUAGAAUUGAUGUCGGUAAUAUUUUUUAUACACCUUACUUAAUGGAAAGAAGGGUUUAUAGAGAUCAUUGUAUCCAUUCAUUCAUACAGUCAAUUGUCCAUCAGUCACACAAACUUUAUUACCAGUUGCUUUUAAACCCUUUGCUACAUUUCACUGACACUUUCCAAAAUUAUCAAUACAUGUACCUGAUAAAUUUGUGCUUAUGUAUUAGCUGAGUUGCUACAUAGUCAGACUCCACUUAUGAUUUGAUGAAUGCUGUGGCAGUGUUAAUGGAGUUAAGAUUUCAGAUUCUAGGCAAAUUUUUUUGAGCCAUAAACAUUAAAAGUUAAGGUCACAUCAGCUAUGAUGAUAUCUUUUGAAACAUUUAUAUAUUAAACCACAUUCAAAGUUGGCUUGAAACUGCCCUUGGAAAGAACAAGACUCCAUGUGAGUUGGGGGAUCAGUAGAUCAAAGGUCAUGGUAAAAGUGUCCUUGAAUACACUAAAAUUUUGGAAACUUUUAUUUUUAGACAAUAUCUUUUGAGCCAUAAAUUAGAUCUUCAUCAAAUUUCAUGAAAAAUGCUUUUUCAGGUGGGGAGACAGCAAAUGAAUUUGAGCUGAUAGGUUGAAGGUCAACAUCAUAGCAGCAGUUGAUAGACAAUUUUUUUAUUAAAACUUGUGUUUCCAAAAAAAUCAGGGAAAUUGUUGUCUCUGGGUAUUGCAUAUCUUGAACCCCUACUGUCAGCAAUUAAUCAAUUGACAAAAAUUGUUAGCUGAAUUAAACACCAAAAAUAGAAUUAAACUUUCUUCUUCUUCUUCUUCAAAUCCAUACAGAUGGCAACUUGGCUGAAGCAUCAAUGGUGCUAUUGAGUUUUUCUUAAUUAUAGAUCUGAACAACUUUUUAUUUGCCCAGGGAGGAGAAGGGGGAGGGAUGUUCCCAUCUCAUUGCAUGAGCGAUUAUUAGUUUGGCCUUUGUGAUAUCAAAGAAGGGAGGGAUACCAUGAUCAGGGGUAAUACAGUUGUGAACACUUUUCUAGUUCCUUAUUGUGAUAAAGAUUUUUUCAAUUUAUAAAAUCAAAAUAAUUUUUAUUGUUAUAAUUGUUGUUGAUCAUGAAUUUAUUAUAUAUUUCUGAUUGUUUGACUCAUUUAUAUUUAAAUAUAAUAACUUUUUGUGUGAAUUAUUGACCAGAUAUGUGUUAUUUAAGACAAGGGUCAGUAAAUUAGUGAAUUCUUAUCUGUCCCUCUUAAGAGCAUUGUGAGUAACCCAUGGCUAAAUAAGCUCAUGUUGGAACAUAGGUCAAGUGACUAGCUAUUUAUUUUACUGGUAAUUUUUAAAAUGAUGGAACCUUACAUAUUUAAAUAUCUAUUUAUAUAGUUAUAUGUUUUCAUCCUAAUUCCACUUGCUACAUAUAAUACUACAAUGGAAAAACAUAUAAUACUACAAUGGAAAAACAUAUAAUACUACAAUGGAAAAACAUAUAAUACUACAAUGGAAAAACAUAUAAUACUGCAAUGGAAAAACAUAUUAUACUGCAAUGGAAAAACAUAUAAUACUGCAAUGGAAAAAUAUAUAAUACUGCAAUGGAAAAACAUAUUAUACUGCAAUGGAAAAAUAUAUAUAAUACUGCAAUGGAAAAACAGAAUGGAAAAAAGAGCAUUAUAAAGUAUAACAUUGUCCUGAACAAAUGUUAUUAAAUUGUCUUAAACAAAUUUGUGCAGAUAGCAUGUAUGAUAUACAUGUACAUGCAAUUAAAAUAGCCAGACAUUUCCAAAAAAGUUAGUUGAUUACUUUAAAUAUAAAACAACCAUGACAAAAUAAGACACAACUAUUGUUGAUAUGAUAUAUACGUAUAAAUGUCUUUGUAAACAUUACAAUAGAUAACCGAUAUAUAAAAUAAGACACAACUAUUGUUGAUAUGAUAUAUACGUAUAAAUGUCUUUGUAAACAUUACAAUAGAUAACCGAUAUAUAAAAUAAGACACAACUAUUGUUGAUAUGAUAUAUACGUAUAAAUGUCUUUGUAAACAUUACAAUAGAUAGCGGAUAUAUAAAAUAAGACACAACUAUUGUUGAUAUGAUAUAUACGUAUAAAUGUCUUUGUAAACAUUACAAUAGAUAACCGAUAUAUAAAAUAAGACACAACUAUUGUUGAUAUGAUAUAUACGUAUAAAUGUCUUUGUAAACAUUACAAUAGAUAACCGAUAUAUAAAAUAAGACACAACUAUUGUUGAUAUGAUAUAUACGUAUAAAUGUCUUUGUAAACAUUACAAUAGAUAGCGGAUAUAUAAAAUAAGACACAACUAUUGUUGAUAUGAUAUAUACGUAUAAAUGUCUUUGUAAACAUUACAAUAGAUAGCGGAUAUAUAAAAUAAGACACAACUAUUGUUGAUAUGAUAUAUACGUAUAAAUGUCUUUGUAAACAUUACAAUAGAUAACCAAUAUAUAAAAUAAGAACAAGUCAAGUCAUGGUACACAACUUAAAAACAUUCCAAAUAUUGCAAUUGAUGAGUAUUUGUUUUACUAAUUACAAUGUACAUAAAGUCACAUUAUCUUUUAAGUAAACCAUUUAUUCGGAAUAUAAAUGUAUUCAGGUGUGGUAUGGUAAUGCUUUUAAAAAAUAAAAUGACAGCUUUGCAUCUAUGCAGGAUGAAAAUCAAUUCUUUAAUGUUGUUUUGCAUUGUAAAUUGUCAUUUUUGAAUAAAAAAAUAUUGUUUUACUGUUAUUAUACAAGGUUAUUGUAUGAAAUUGUGAACAUUAUUAAUGUUUUAAAAAUAGUUGUUAAAUUAGCUUUUUAGAGUGACUGUUGCAGUGAUUUUUUUAUUUUGAGACUGUUAAAACUGGUAUAGAUCUAUUAUUGACAAUAUGCUAAUAUUUGGUUGACACUUAAUGUUAUUUGGGUGAUUGGUAGACCAGUUGUUUGCCUGUUGGUGGCUUAAAAAAUACCUACAUAAGUUUCUUCAUUUAAAAAAAGAGUUCAACAAAACAUUAUCAAUUUGAUAAUAAAUUGUAGCUUGUCUUUUGUUUUAGAAAAGCCUCGGUGCAGGAUUUUCUCGCUGUGUUGAAGACCCAUUGGUGGCCUUGGGCUGUUUUCUGCUCUUUGGUCGGGUUGUUGUCUCUUUGACACAUUCCCCAUUUCCAUUCUUAAUUUUAUGAAUAUAAUACAAUACAUAACACUUUCAAUUCUUUGUUUUAUUAGGUGUUGUCCAAUUUGUUUUAUAGCUUAUAACUGAAAACAAAAAUCUGUAGUAUUGAAUUAGAGUAGAAUUUUAAUUAUAUCUUUAAUGUACCGGUAUUGAAAUGUUUUACCGCAAAAUCAUAAAGUAUUUUUUAUAUUGUUGUUCUAAUAUAAUAGUUUCUGUAUUGAAUAUUUCCAUUGUACCAGGCAUAUGUCUGUUAAGAAUGCUAUACUUUAUUAAUUAAUUUUUGUAUAUUUUCAUUGGUUGUUUUUUUUGUGAUAAAUAUUAAAGCAAAUCUGACCUCAAUUUUUUUUAUAUAUACAAGUGUUGUUAUAUAUAGUCAGUUGGAGGAACAUUGGCAUAUUAACAGAUGUGUUGGCAAACUAUUACACAGAAUUUUAGAGAAUUAUUUUCAGUGUGAAUUUUUUGAAAAAUUUCAACAAAAGCACAAAAUGUCUCUCCCCUGAUUGAUUUUUUCCAAAUUUGUACAAAAAUGUAUGGGCAUUGGAAUUAUACAAUUUUUGUAUUACAUACUUAUGUACAAAAAAUAAGGUUACUGUUUAUAGAAUUGCUUCUGUGUCAAAUUUAUUGCAGGCAUGCACACUAUUCAGUAUCAAAUAAUGAAUAAUAGGUGAAGGUGGACAAAAGUAGAUUGUACAGCAAACCAACAACUUUAAAAAAAAAAGACAUCUAGAAUAAACCUUAAAGCUUUUGGUGUAUGACAAAUCACUCAUCAUAUCUCUAGCUAUGAUGUUGGCCUAAGUCUGUUUAUUUUUAAACUAUGUGUUGGUGAUUUCUUCUUAUUUUUUUUAUGAUAAUUAUUUCUUCUUAAUGAUUUUAAUAUGCCCCCGCCGUAGCGGAGGGGGCAUUAAGUUUUACCCUUGUCUGUCUGUACGUACAUCCCAAAAUUGGUUUCCGUUCUCUAACUUAAGUUUGCCUAAACCAAAUGUUAUGAAACUUAUACACAAUGCUUAUUACCUCAAAACACAGAUCAAGUUUGAAUUUUGGUUGCAUCACUUUAACCGUUCUAAAGUUAUGCCCUUUAUAAAUGUAAAAAUUGCAAAAUUUGUAUUUUCUUCUAAAUAUCAAGUCAUUUUGUAAAAUUGGAGUUAUCUUCCUUUGUCUAUGAUUAUAGUUGAAUCAACUAUAAUCAAUGCAUUAUAUAAUGCAAUGUUUAAUUUUGACUUCCACUGAUAAAACACAGAUCAAGUUUGAAUUUGGGUAGUGUCACUUUAACCAUUAUUGAGUUAUGCCCCUUUAUAAAUCAUAGGAUUGCAAAAUUUUUAGUUUCCAUUCUGUAACUUAAGUUUGCCCAACCAAACAUCAUGAAACCUAUACACCAUAUUCAUUACCACAAAACUAAGAUCAAGUACAAAUUUUUUGUUUCCGUUUUCUAACUUUAGUUUGCCUCAACCAAAUACAUGAAAUGUUAUGAAACUUAUACACAAUGCUUAUUACGUCAUAAUACAGAUUAAGUACGAAAUUUGGUGGCGACACUUUUACCAUUCUUGAGUUAUGUCCCUUUAUAAACAUAAAAAUUGCUGAAUUUUUCUUUUCCGUUCUCUAACUUAAGUUUGUCUCAACCAAAUGUUAUAAAACUUAUACACAACCGUUCUAGAGUUAUGCGGAUUUACAAAUAGAAAAAUUGCUGAAUUUUUAGUUUCUGUUCUCUACUUAAGUUAGUCUCAACCAAAUGUUAUGAGACUUACACACGAUGCUUAUUACCGAAAAACUCUGAUCAAGUUCAAAUUUGGUUAGUGUCACUUUUACCGUUCUUCAGUUAUGUCCCUUCAUAACUAUAUGAUAUGCAAGCGGGGGCAUCAUCUGUGUCCACAUGUGGACACUAUCCACAUUUAUUCUAAAUAGCGAUACUCGCAUUUUCAAUUUUUUUCUAAUUUUUUUUUUUAAUGUAGCAUACUUGAUAUCAAUGAGACAUUUCUUUUGAAUAUAGCAUUUAACAUCAUAACAAUAAUAAUAUACAUAGUAUUUAAUAUUCCAAUUAAUCUACAAAAAUGCAUUUUUGAUUUUUUUUUCAGUUAAAAUUUAUAGUUGUUAUUUCAUUCAUUUCAUUUCUUAUUGAAUAUAUUUUUGAUUUAUCUUGGUAAGGUCAAGGCCAUCAAAAAAUGGGAAAACAUUUUAGGAAAACAGUUUUGAUUGUACAAUAAUAAUCUGAGAUAACAGAUUGUGCAUAUCAUGUUAAAGGAUGGGUUGUAGACGCAAUGCUUUAAUUGUUUGUACGUGUGAACUAUUGAUAUUACUAUUUACACAUUUUUAUUAAACAUAACCAUGUUCUUUUUACUGUUUACUUUUUCUUAAAUAAAAAAUGCAAAAUUUA